AUGAUGUACCUUCUCACAGUAGACUAUCGGUCCCCUGAGGUCUUCAGUCUCACCAGUACAACUUUUGAAAGUGUAAUUGUGAGACUGAAAAGUGUUUUUGCAAGACAUGGCAUUCCACUUGGGGUUAUCAUCGACAACGGACCACAGGUUUCAUCAGCAUCGUUUGAGGACUUUUUCAAAGAGUAUAACUCGCAGCAUGUCACAUCCAGUACGUACUACCCACAGUCCAAUGGUGAGGUGGAACGAAUGGUUACAACGAUAAAACAGCUUUUCAUCAAGAAUUCUGAGCCACACAUUGCACUCCUGAAUUACCAGAAUUCUUCUGGACAUCUUGAACCGAGCACAGCUCAGUUAUACAUGAGAAGGAAGCCUCGCACGUCGCUACCUGUGCUCACGCAAAAACUCCUGCCAAUCAGCAACUUCAAUGCAUUAGCGGAAGACCGAGAUAGGCAGUACAGAGCAAAGCAGAAGAAUAACUAUGACAAACAUUACAACGCAUGUCUGUUACAGCCCCUCGAACCCAACACAGAUGUUCGGAUCCGAGACAUGAAUCAAGAGGCUGUUGUCAGGCACCACGCUCCUAUGUAUAGUCAAAACUUCACAUGGUGA